GAGCUCGCGCUGAGGGUUAGUUCAAGAAGAGUUGCACGGGGACACUGUGGGACUUUACACUGAGGACAAAUUUACAUAUUUAUAUUUUAUAACUCAGAUUUUGGAUAAUCUCAAACCUGAUCACUGGAAUAAUGAAGUCUCCAAAGCUGAAGCCUCAAGCCAAGUUGCUGCAUGAGGAUCUGACGGACGUGCUGUGUGAGUUUGACGCGGUGAUGGAGGACUUCACGUCGCCGGUGGAGAAACGUCACUUUCGGUACGAUGAACACCUGAAGACGAUGAAGAGGAGGAGCAGCGCGAGCGUGAGCGACAGUGGCAUCAGCGACUCAGAGAGUGCAGAGUCUCUGAACAGAAACAGCUUCAGCUUCAGUGAUGAGAGGCUGAACUCCCCCACCACCAACUCCCCUCCUCUCAUGUCACCAAAACCCAGACUGGGCGACACUAAGGAGCUGGAGGACUUCAUCGCUGACCUUGACAGGACAUUAGAGAGCAUGUGACACCCAGGAUCACUUCGUUUGGACCCCCCAUGGAGCAGCUAACACCCUCCCCACCCAUCACAGGAAACCCCCCAGCAGGAUGGGACAAAGUGUCUCCACCUCGGCACCAAGUCUAGCCUCGUUCUGCUAAAGUUAACCCACUAACUCCACCUGGACUGCAACACGGGUCACAUUUAGCUCCAGCGCUACCCUGAGGACGAGAAUACGACGAAUCAGACGCCAUGAAAAGUCGUGAGGAAUUACGACGAGGAAUAUAAUAACAGUCACUGGAAUCUUUUUAAUUUUUAAAUCAUAAAUCAUGCCACAGACCAGGUUCCCUCAUUCAACACUUGAGCUGGAAGAGUAUUUAAAAAACAAAAGGCUUUUUAUAAUAGAAAUAUAUUUGUAAUUUUAUAGAGCUUCUUAUUGUAAAGUUUUUUUGUUGUUGGGAAAUAUAUUUUUGUAUCUUAUGUAAAUAAUGAUUGUUCCAAAUUGUCUAUUGGUUUAUUAACAGGUUUGACUCUGGAGUAAAGGGGGCGACGAGCUUUAAUGUGAUACUGAUAACUGAAUCACUUCUGAACAAAACUGGAAAGCUAUAUAUAUGUAUUUAAUACAGCUAAUGCCUGCCAGAGAUGAUAUUAAAAUAUUGUUCUUUUAGUAA